AUGGAAACAUCUACGCCUCGGCCGAACUCGCCAAUGAAUUCGAAAUCUCUUAUUGAGGCACAGCUUGAGGUCGAAAGUGCUUCUAAUAGGGGUCCUGAUAUAUAUGUCAACGUUCAGUCACUCUGGCGUCCUAAAGGUGCUCGAGGAAUCUUUGGGGGUAUUACAAUUGGACAAAGCCUGAAUGCUGCUUAUGAGACUGUGAUGGAGGAAUUUCAUGUGCACUCAAUGCACUGUACGUUUGAUUUUCCUGGGACUUCAAGCGAUGCUAUGUAUUAUCACGUCGAUCGAGUACGCGAUGGUCGAACAUUUAUCACUCGGGGUGUGAAGGCAAUGCAAAACGACCACACAAUCUUUCUUGCAACUAUCGGAUUCGCGCGUGAAACAUCUAAGAGCAAAACGGGUGUUGACCAUGCAACACCGAUUCCUUCAGACAUCCCAACGCCAAACGAUCUUGCUUCGGAUAGACAUGGGACAGGCAAGGAUCACAUUCAAAGUCCGUAUACAAACCAAAGCGUUGGGAUUUCGAACACUCAGUCGCAGAAUCCGUACGAGAAACGCAUAUAUCAAUGGAGCAAAGCUCGAGGCAAUGUUUCUUGCAGGGGCGGGUCCCGGGCGGAUCUCGCUGCUUUGGCUUUCAUGUCGGAUAGUUACUUCCUAGCCGAGCUACCACAUGCACACAGCAUCUGGCAAUUUAUCAACCCACCAAUAACCGAGUUCUACAACACCAAAGAUCGUUUGUGGGCGGGUAUACCGGCCUAUAACGAAAUUCCUCGGCCACAUCUUCGUGACUCAAUUUCCAGUCCAGGUCCCUCGCAUGAUGUUGGAAUGAUGGUCAGCCUAGAUCAUGCAAUUUUCUUCCAUAACACUCAGAAAGUGAAGUCGGACGAGUGGUUGCUAAGCGAGAUUCAAACCCACUGGGCCGGUGAAGGCCGUGGCUUGAUGUAUCAAAAGAUAUGGACGAAAGAAGGGACGCUUGUUGCGAGCUGUACACAGGAGGGAAUAUUACGGUUGGAACAGAAUCCACGCGUUAGUCCAGAAAGAAGUGUGAUAAAACUCUAG